AUGUUUCUGACUCGACGAAAGAGACUCCAUCUGAGCCGGAUUAUAUUUCUUCUCUCUGGCGUUUUCCUGUGUUCCUUAUACCAGCUGACUAUUAGAGCCAAACUACCAGAACCCUGGCCGGAACCUCAGAUAGCGGAGAACACUGAGGAAGGUUCUGGACAAACUCUAGUGGGACUGUUGGAGGAGAUAGGGGUUAGUAUUUUAACUGAUGUUCAGCCAAAACACACAGAUGAGGUCCGACCAUCAGACAGAGCUAGGACUUCAGCCCCCACAAAAAUACCCACAACUGCAGAGCCACCUACAACAACCACAAACAGGACGAUCAUCCAGUGCAUCUUUGUCGACCCAAACCUUCCCAAACCCACUCCCGUUCCCACUCCAUCCAUCGGCACCACCACUCUCCCCAAUACUACAGGUUCCAUUCCUGGAGAUGCACCACACAUGAAGGGCGAGUACCCGGAGGACAUCUUCUCCAUUGAUGACCGACGUAAAGGCUGGGUUCUUCUCCACAUAUUUGGAAUGGUAUACAUGUUUGUUUCGUUGGCCAUCGUGUGCGAUGAGUUCUUCGUCCCGACGCUGGGGGUUAUCACAUACAAACUGGAAAUUUCAGAUGAUGUGGCAGGGGCUACUUUCAUGGCUGCUGGAGGCUCUGCUCCUGAACUCUUCACGUCCUUGAUCGGUGUCUUCAUCUCGCAUAGCAAUGUUGGCAUUGGAACCAUCGUUGGUUCGGCUGUCUUUAAUAUUUUAUUUGUGAUUGGAAUGUGUGCGCUGUUCUCCCGGGAAAUGCUUCACCUCACCUGGUGGCCUCUGUUUCGGGACGUGUCGUUCUACAUCCUCGAUCUUAUCAUGCUCAUUAUCUUCUUUUUGGACAACUACAUUAUGUGGUGGGAGAGUAUGAUGCUGGUGUGUGGUUAUAUUCUCUAUGUUUUCUUCAUGAAGUUCAACGUACAGAUUGAGCGAGCAGUUAAGACUCAGCUCAUGAAACACAAGAGCAUCGUCAAGGUGAUUGCGGUGGAAGUACCAGAGAAGGACAAUGGGACCUCAGGUGAAGAAAACAGGGCACCUGAACCAGACGACAAGAAUCGAUUGAAGCUUAAGCCUACAUUGCAGCGCGGGGGCAGUUCUGCCUCUCUGCACAACAGCACCAUGAGAAACACCAUCUUCCAGCUGAUGAUUCACACACUUGAUCCUCUAGGAGAAGAGUCAGUGUUAAAUGGCGGUGCAAAGGCUAGAAGCUCUUUGGAAUGUAAAGUGAAAUUUAAAGACAAGGCUCAGAUUUUGAACAGCAUGGCCCGGGGGAAGGUAGAGAACAAAAAGAAGGAAAAAUCGGGUGAAGUUGGUGAUCGAACAGACCAGCCUAAGGAUUCGGAUGACUCAAGUCCUGCAGCAAAGGAAGGAGAAGCGAAUCAGAAGACUGAGACACCAAAGGAAAGAGACGCUGCGGCAGGAGGUGGAUCAGAGAAUCCAGGAGGCACAGACGACUCUGACAGCAGUGAGGAAGAUGACAGUGAUGAAGACAGCGAUGAAGACAGCGAUGACGAUGAAGAUGAAGCUGAAGGGGGGGACAAUGAAGAACCUCUGACCUUAGAGUGGCCAGACACCAGACGUAAACAGGCUACAUAUUUGUUUCUGCUGCCCAUCAUCUUCCCACUGUGGCUCACAGUUCCAGACGUCAGAAACCCUGCAUCUAAGAAGUUCUUUGUCAUCACUUUCCUCGGCUCGAUAGUCUGGAUUGCUAUAUUCUCUUACCUUAUGGUGUGGUGGGCACAUCAGGUGGGUGAGACCAUUGGCAUUUCAGAGGAGAUCAUGGGUCUUACAAUCCUGGCAGCAGGAACCUCCAUUCCUGAUCUAAUAACCAGCGUGAUUGUUGCUCGAAAAGGCUUGGGAGACAUGGCGGUCUCCAGCUCUGUAGGCAGCAAUAUUUUUGACAUCACCAUGGGGUUGCCGGUUCCCUGGCUGAUGUUCUCGUUCUACCAUUCAUUUGCUCCGGUGCCGGUGAGCAGUAACGGGCUCUUCUGUGCCAUCGUACUGCUCUUUCUCAUGCUCAUCUUUGUCACUAUUUCCAUCGCUGCCUGUAAGUGGAGGAUGAAUAAAGUGUUGGGAUCCAUCAUGUUCGUUCUCUACUUUGUGUUCCUGGUGCUCAGUGUGAUGCUAGAAGACCGAAUCAUUGUGUGUCCCGUGUCCAUCUGAACACAGCUGUCGGACCUGUUGUUUUCAUUACACCUCAACGUUAACCCGCAACACAUAUCCAUGUGGAUACACUUGAUACCACACCAAGUGUUCUGAACGGUAACUUUACAUACAACAUAUGGUUUUUGAAGCGUCCCUGGAACUGCGGAAAUUAUUUGUGAAAAAGCUGAUGCAAAAUAACAAUUUAGUUAUUUUAUGUUUAUACCAAAAAUAUACACAUUUGUUGUCACUAUAUACCCAUCAACAUAAGAAAAUGUAUGACCUUUAUCACAUAUUUCCAGUUUAACGCCAUAGGGUGAUGUAUAAAUGGUCUUAAUGCCGACAUAUCUGUAAUGUCCCUUUAAUUUUAAGUAGUAUGUGGAUAUCACAAUUGUUUUUUAUUUAUAUUGUGGUUUAUAUUGUGAGUUUUUAGAAAGAUAUGGUGAAGCUCUUUUCAAAAUGUAUGCAGAAGUCACUAAAUUUAGAGAAAUUGUGAUCGUAUUGUGAAUGAUGUAAUUCUGCAAUGGAAUUAUUUUUGUUACAAGAAAACUGUCAUUAGUGUGCAUUUUAAAAACAGAUGUUGUGCUGUAAAAUAUGAUUUAAAUCGUCGUAUAACAAAUAACUAUUUAUUACUGAUGCCAAUAUAUAGACGCAGAAAAUAAUAAAGAGACCAUACCAAAUUUUAAUUUAAUCAGAAAUUCUAAAUAUAUUGUGGCCAUUUCAUUUCGGUGUCUGUUGAAUUUAACAAAAUCAAACCUCAGGAGUGACGGGACCCAUGAAAACUGUUAAAAAUCCAGGUUAUCACAUAAAAAAUAAUUUUGAACUUUUCCUAAAUACAUGUACAGAUAGUAAUGUUGUACUGCUUAAAAGUGAGUAUUUUCUUUGUAGUCUUUGAUAUCUGAAAAAAUACAGAGCACCUUUCUGUUAUUUUCACCUGCUCUCCAUUUUUCUUUUUCAGAAAAUAAAUGCAAAUAGAAACAAUAUUUUUUUUUAAUUUUGAGAGAAAUAUUGUUAGAAGUUAACAGAAUGAAACAAA